CGCGACCAUUUCGCCGACCCUCAAGAGAGAAGCUGACCACACAGCACACAGCGCUUUCGAGCCCAGAGCACCGACAUCGACAGUAUCGACUUCAGCGACUCACGCCUUGAGUCGUAGUAUUUGGGUCGCAGAAGACCAGUCAUGGCGGGAGCCGGAGACGGGGCCGCUGGCGGGCUCUUGGACGUGGAGAAAGAGUUGACUUGCUCGAUAUGCACCGACAUCCUGUACCAACCGCUGACGCUGUUGGACUGCUUGCACACCUUUUGUGGAGGAUGUGCCAAAGAGUGGUUUGCGUGGCAGGCGACAAACGCAGUCAAUAGCAAUAAGCGGCUCAUGGCAGCGCCAUACACAUGUCCAUCAUGUCGCGAUUCCGUGCGAGGUACCAAAGCAGACUGGAGGCUGACAGCACUGCUGGAGGGCUUUUUGAAGGCGAAUCCGGGCAAAGGAAAGACGGAGGAAGACAAGGCGGAGAUGCGGCAGCAUUACAAGCCCGGGGACGACGUGCUUCCGCCCGUGGAGGCCAAUCGGGCAGAUGAGGAUAGCGAAGAUGAACGACUCGUGGCCGAGAUCAUGGACAUGAGCAUGGCUUCGGUGGACCCGGACACGGCACGCCGGCGGACAGAACGAGCACAUCGGGACCGGCAACGAAGACGGCAGGAGCGUCAGCGCACACAUCGGACGGAAGAUGUGUCUCGGGAAGAGCAGUCCAGCAGGUGGGUUGCACAGCAGUCGGAAAGGCGGCAGCAAGAAGCAGAGCGGCAGGUGGAGCAUCAGCCAUCGCUGCGAAGUCUUCUCAGCAAUUCGGACAUCAGCUCCGAAGACGUGCAGCAAGAGAUCUUGCAGUCCAUCUACUCGGAAGGCCUCCUCAAUGGCAUUGACAUCGACAAUUUGACGCCAGCGCAGGAAGAAGAGCUCACCGAGAGGAUUGCCGAAGCGUACCGAAGGCGACAACGCCAUCGCGACCGGUCACGAAACCGCGAGCGAGACAAUGCGUCUUCGCAGCCUUCGACCAGAAGAGCCACGAGCCCUCGCACGCAUCUCGCUCAGACGCAACAAUCACAAUCUCGGGCCAGGCCACCCAUAUCGCGGCCACAUUUGUUCGAACAGCAGACGACAGGAGGAGCGGAGCGGCACCAUCGCCGAUCCGCCAGUGCCAGCAAUCAGCACACCCGUCGCAGCGAACAACGUCUACAUACCGGCUCGACCGUGAGCCCCGCGGCUCGCUCUGCUACAGAUCUCUCCGCGCGACCUCAGGGCGAGGAUGUUCGGCGAAGUCAACGACCGAGAGCGUCUUCCAGCAACGCUCGAAGUUCAACAGAUCCUCCUCGCAUGCGUGAAGAUGUACAACGCGUUCGUGCAACUUCCAACACGGUGAGAUCUGAUGCUCCGCGAGGCAGUGGCGAACAUCGAAGCAGAGAUGCUCAGCCGCGAGAAGUCACGCAGAGCACAAUCGGAACAUCAACGACCGAGCCUUCACCAAGCCUCCCGCUCGCUGGACAGACCGCUGUUGCAGCAAAUGCUGCCGCACAGCAAGAAACGCGCCCUGCUGCACCAACUUCGGACCCGGCGCCUGAGGCAGCAGCCUCGCAAGCGAUGUCAACAGUGAAUGCAAGCGCUCCGGUCGCUUCAUUGGCAUGUUCUCGCUGUCAGCGCCCUAACAUUGGCUUCAUGCUUCACUAUAACUGCCACAAAUGCGAUUCGGGUAACUACAAUCUAUGUUUGCGUUGCUAUCGUGAUGGCAAGGGAUGCCACCACUGGUUCGGCUUUGGGCUGGCUGCCAUAUACCGCUGGCAAAAAGCAGCCGAAGCGGCAGAGGAUCCGCGUCGCUUUGACUACCCUCACGUACUCAUGCCUCGCAAGUAUGUGCCUGCUUCCGCCUCACACACGGACGCGAUCGCCACCAGUAACGAGCCUAUCCUUCAGGAAGGAGCUUUCUGCGAGGCCUGCUUGACUUUCACAAAUUCGUGCUACUGGUAUUGCAACAUCUGUCUCGAAGGGGCUUGGGGUUACUGCAAUUCCUGUGUGCUCCAGGGGCAGCAUUGCACGCACCCCCUGCUGGCCAUCGCGCACAUCAGCGCCCAGAGCAACUCUGACCCUUCUAGAAUACCGCUCUGCCUCCCCGUGCCUCAUCUCAAGCAGGACUCGUACGUUCUUCUACCAGUGCUGACUGACUGCGAUAUAUGCAGGCAGUCUAUCAGCGAGCGAGAGACUCGCUUUCAUUGCUAUCAAUGUAGUGAUGGUGACUAUGAUAUCUGCAACGAAUGCUAUCACUCACUCGUAGCAACGGGGAAAAUCUCUUCGGCGAAUGGACCAAACGGCUGGCGACGUUGCUUACAAGGUCAUCGCAUGAGUGUCAUUGGCUAUCAAGACACUCCGACCCCGGCUGGACCAGGCAAAGUGCGUGUCACGAUGCGCGACCUCGUUGGUGGCUGGAGACUGAAGGAUGAUGCCGCUUCAAGAUCCAACAACAGGAGAGCUGUGCCUGUCGACUCUGGUCCCGAGUCACGAGCCUUCGCGAUCUGGUCCAGGUGGCCAAAGGAGGAAGACAGGGACGAAUUGGCCUUCCCUAAAGGGGCAGAGUUUAGAGAAGUUGAGGACCUCAACGCUGAUUGGAGCGUCGCAGUUUAUGCUGGCAGAGUCGGAUUGGUACCGAAAAAUUAUACCAGACGACUUUCUUGACCUUGCUUGGCAUGCCGCUUUCAAGCAGAGUGCAUCGCACGGGCGGACGGGUUGCACAAUUGGCAGGCUGCUGACCGAGGGCGGUAGCAAGAGACGUAUGCUGUAGCAACGUACCAAGAAAGCAUUUCCCCUUCCAGUACAACGCGGAGUUACGCAAAAGAAUUUCCAUCGGUCGGUGUCAGGACAGACCUCAGAAGCA